ACAUGGCACUUUACCUGUAGACGUUUGGGGAAUUCGGAUGUUUUUCCGACUAAACCGUGGGAAGACGUGAAAAGCAUUGGACAAUCAUUACAUCUGAGCGCUGGUUGGAAAGUAGGCUAUCGCAACAGGUGCAGCCACCAAACCGGAGGCCUAUCGAGAGUGUGACGUCCAUGGCCUUGACAAGACAUCACCUUUAGAGGGUGCUGUGACUACAUCAUUCAAUGGGCUCUGAGCACAGUCCUACUCUCAUACACAUGAUGAUCGCCACACCUCCUCACUCCCCUCGUCUCCCAGGCUCCCCGACAUAUCUGGGAGGCCGCUGCGUCCCCUGUCCGGCCCCCCCACCCUCCUCCCCUUGCCCCUCUCCUCCCUCCUCUCCCUCCUCUGGAGGGGUGACACUACGUCGGACCCCCUCCUCCUCCUGUCUCACACACACUCUGGACCACCUCCACAGGCACAGCUGGCAGCCUGGAGCCAUGAUGUAUGGCUGCCCCCCGCAGUACCAGCAACGCAGUGUGAGUAUGGAGGGUUUUGACACAGAAGAGAUGGAGCAGGUGCUCCUUGGGGCCCUGGAGGGGUCCAGCAGAGGGGGGUGGGACCCUCGCCGAGCCCCCAUCACUUCCUAUGGCCAGGAGUUGGGCUCCCUGCUGUCACUCACAGAGGAGGAGGCAGGCUGCCAGACCCAGCUCUUCUCCCCAUUGGAGGAGCAGUCGUCUCAGCUGCAGGGUUUCAGUGCCUCCGCUCCCUCCCUGUGUGCCAGUCCCAGUCUGCGCCAGCUACCCAACGCCAACCUCCACCCUCCAACCCAUGCACACACUCAUACACACUCCCAGACACCUCACACACACCCCUACACACACUCACAAAACCACCAGCAUCAGUCUCAUCAUCGCUCCUACUCCAAUUCCACCUCCCAACGCCACUACCAAGAGUCUUCCCUGGGCUCUGUAUUUGGGGGUUCCACACAGAGUGUGGAUGCGGAGCUUGGUGAGCUGUGGGGGCAAGAAGAGAGGGAGCGGCUAGACGGAGAGAGAGAGAGGCGGAGGGAGGAGAGAAGGACGGAGGAACAGAGGGGUGCUCCCCCCGGGGAGGAGAGGGGGGAGAAGACGGGAAGCCCUCUGGGGCGCACCUUCAGCUUCCUGCGCAAGAUGGCCGGCCAGCGCAAGAACAAAGAGAAGGAGCGGAUGAAGGAGAGGGAGAAGGAGGCGCGGGAGCGGGAGGCGCGUUACAGCAACGGCCACCUCUUCACUUCCCUCACCGUGUCUGCCACCACCCUCUGCUCUGCCUGCAACAAGAGCAUCACCGCUAAAGAGGCCCUCAGCUGCCCCACCUGCAAUGUCACCAUCCACAACCGCUGUCGAGACACACUGGCCAACUGUGCCAAGAUGAAACAAAGGCAACAGAAGCUAGCCCUGGUGAGGAACAGCUCCGCGCUGCAGAACGUGGCUCUAAGGACCAAAACCCCUAUGAUGAAGGAGCGACCCAGCUCAGCCAUCUAUCCGUCCGACAGUCUCCGUCAGUCCCUGCUGGGCUCCCGCCGUGUCCGCUCCGGCCUCUCCCUCUCCAAGAGUGUCUCCACACAGAACCUCGCAGGGAAUCUGAAUGACGACUCACCAUUGGGGCUGCGGAGGAUCCUGUCUCAGUCCACAGACUCCCUGAACUUCAGAAACAGAGCCAUGUCCAUGGAGUCCCUCAACGACGAAGGGGAGGUGUACUAUGCUGCCAUGUUGGAGGAGCUGGAGAGGGAGGGGAAGGACUUUGAGGCUGACUCGUGGAGUCGGGCUGUAGACCCCUCCUACCUGCAGACGCACCGCAAAGACGUCAUCAAGAGACAGGACGUCAUCUAUGAGCUGAUCCAGACAGAGUUCCACCACGUGAGGACCCUGCGGAUCAUGGAGGGGGUGUUCCGGCAGGGCAUGCUGGACGAGGUGCUGCUGGAGCCGGGCGUGGCGCACGCCGUCUUCCCCUGUCUGGAGCAGCUGAUGGCGCUACACACACGUUUCCUUUCCCAGCUUAUGACACGACGCACUCACAGCCUGGCUCCUGGGAGCUGUACUAACUUUACUAUCAACCAACUGGGGGAUAUACUCACUGAACAGUUCUCAGGCCAGUGUGCAGAUGAGAUGAGGAAGGCCUAUGCUGAGUUCUGCAGCCGCCACCCCAAAGCUGUGAAACUGUACAAGGAACUGCUGGCCAGAGACAAGAGGUUUCAGCACUUCAUACGGAGGGUAAGCCGGGGGCCCCUGCUGCGUCGCCAUGGCAUCCAGGAGUGCAUCCUGCUGGUGACUCAACGCAUCACCAAAUACCCUGUCCUCAUCCAGCGCAUCCUGGACAACACCAAGGGCAGUGAAGAGGAGGCCAAGUCCCUAGCCCAGUCCCUGUCCCUGAUCCGGGACAUGUUGAGCUCUGUGGACCAGCAGGUGGCAGAGCUGGAGCGGACCCAGAGGCUCCAGGAGAUCAGGGCCAGAUUGGACCCCCGGGCCCAGGCAGAGGUCAGGGGAGGAGGGGUGUUCAGGGGAGGGGAGCUGCUCCGCAGGACGCUCCUCCACGAGGGCACGCUGCUGUGGAAGACACAAGGAUCCAGACUCAAAGAUGUGCAGGUCCUGCUGAUGACAGACAUCCUGGUGUUCAUGCAGGAGAAGGACCAGAAGUAUUUCUUCCCCUGCAUAGACAAGCCUGCAGUGUUGUCUCUGAAGAACCUGAUUGUGAGGGACAUAGCCAAUCAGGAGCGAGGGAUGUUCCUGAUCAGUGACUCCUCCCCCCCAGAGAUGUACGAGCUGCACGGCGCCUCACGAGACGACAGGAACAACUGGAUGAGACUCAUACAGCAGACCGUCAGCAGCUGUCCGUCCAGAGAGGACUUCCCCCUGAUAGAGACAGAGGACAAGGCUUUACUGCGCAGACUCAGAGCUGACAUCCAGCAGAAGGACAGGGAGGUGCUGGAGCUCCUCCAGGAGAGAGUGACUCUGUUCUCUGACCUGGCUGAGAUCACCGGUGGGGGUCAGGAGGUCAUGCCCCUCACCAACUCUAGGAACAUCUUCCGGGCCGACACCCCCUAUGCACCCCAGGCGGAAUACCUACUCACCGACGCCAUCUCAGAGGUUGACAGGCUGAGUGAGUUGCUGCUGGGUUCUAACAUAGAGCUUCCCAAGUCCAACGGUAGCACCAACGGUACCAAUGGUGACCAGAACCACAAAGGGGCGCCAGUGAGCAAUGGAGAUUCGAUCUCCGUCAACGGAACUCAUGAAUUCAAAGGAAGUCCAGCGUCCAAGGACAGAAAUGGUAACCAGCUACAGGACAGACCACUAAAUGAGGAGGUGUGUCAGAGGCUGGUGAACCUCAAUGCUCAGCUCCACGCUCUACAGGCCGCCGUCAUUCACCAGGACUCUGUCCUCGAGCUCCGCCUCCGUGAGGGCACUGGCCCUGCCUCCUCAGGUUCCUCCACUCCCACCCCCACUCUUCCAAACACCUUCCCCAGGCUGUGCCGUUCCAUGUCACGUGACACGGGUCUGGAUGCGGGCACAGUGGCAGUCAUGGGGGACAUGGCCAUGCUCCAGAGGCAGCAUGUUCUGCUGCAGGAGGAGGUGGGGAGGCUGCGCCCCCUGGAGGCCAGGCUGAGGGAGAGCGAGAAGGCCCAGGCUCAGAUGGAGCAGCAGCUCAGGGACAUGAAGGGCAGAAGGGGAAGCAGAGGCAGCAGAGGCAGUAACGGAGACAUCGUGGUGGAUGUUACAGCCUUAGAGCAGGCUCCUGCUAAAAGAAGAGGAAGUGGUGAUGGCGAGCCCAGCCCUGUCGCCCCAUUGGCCUGUCAGGAACCAGUGGACCAAUUGGACGGCGUACAGGAAGGCAGUGAGGAAGAGGAGGAGUCAGAGGAAGAGGAAGAGGCGGAUGUAGUGAAGGUUUCACCACGCUCCGACAGUCCAAGAGAUCUCCAGGAUAUCCCAGAGGAGAGCGAGUGCGGACCGGAAGCGCAGGAAUCCAAGGCUGAUUCUGAGAUUGUUCCGAGUUAACAUUGACCUCACACUGGAUACGCAAACCAGAAAACAGGACUUGAGAGCUGGACCAACAUAUUCUCAACCUCCAACCAACCAGACCUGAUAGAACUUAUCUUCAGUGAUUCCAUCUAUUCGUCUUUCUUUGGCAUAGAAAGCCUACCCAGGAAUUGUGUAUUGUAUCAUGGUAUAAGAUAGUUCUGAGAUGUUGUAUGCAGGUUUUUUACAUGUUUUUCUAAUGUUAUGUUAAAAGCUUCAUCCUCGGGAUUGAAUCCCUUUUCCAAUCCCACUCUUCGUUUCUUAUUUCCCUUUUCAAAACAAGGAAGAGGGAUUGGGGGUGAAGAGGAGGAUCGGGUUCGUAACAACAAUGGAAUUCUAAUGGUGGACUGUAUAUCUAUAGGUGUCUGGUGAUACCAGUAGGAACUAUUCUGUACUGUAACUGCCUGUCAUUGUUGUACAUUUAGACCAGUAAAGGAGGGCAGGACAGGAAAGGGGGAGGGCGGGACAGGAAAGGUGUGUGUGUAUAUAUAUAUAUAUAUAUAUAUAUAUAUAUAUAUAUAUAUAUAUAUAUAUACACACACACACUGUAUAUAAUUGUUUAAAAGAAUGUGUGGGUAUUAAUCAACUCUCACCCCCCAACCCCACUCAUUCUUGAACACAAACACUUGAAACCUCUUGUGCUUUUCAUAAACCAAAUUGUUUCUUUUUUCUAGAAAGACAACAGUAGUGAGCCACCAUGAGGGGCUUUAUACUGAAUAUUUUAUAAAAAUGGGGAAGGGGGGGGUUUACAAUGAACUGUUCGGACUUUUGGAGGAUACACACAGAAGGACCAUACUGAACCGAAGUUGUUGUUUUUUAAUUGAAAAACAACAACAUUGAUAUAUGAAUUAGGAUAAAGAAUUGCAUCCUUAGAAUUGACUAAUCUGACUGACUGUAUCUGGAAUAUUUUGACCUUAUAUCUAAUCUACAGUUGUAUGUUUCAUUCAUGAACUACUAAAUUGAACUAUUAAAACGUGGUUUACACUGCACUUAAUCAUGAGUUCAGAUUUGCCGGUGGAAUUGACUUUGAUGUUCUCUAAUGUAUUUCACCCUUAUGGUUUUUAGGAUGAUAAACUGUUGCUACCAGCCAACUCCACCAGCAACACUGACACCAACCAAAACCUCCUUUAACAAAAAGUCUAAAUGUUUGACUGUUUUUGAGCUCACCCCUUGACCCUGAAGCGACUGUAUUAUGUAGGAAUGGAAAUUAUUUGACUGGAUUCAAAGGGUGUUUCCUUGUUUGAACUACAUAAAAAAAAGUUUUUUUUCUUUAUAGGCUACAUAUAUUCUAUAAGAAGUUUUUGUCUGUAUAAAUAUUUGAUCUGUUCUGAAAAAAGAAAAUGACUUUUUAAUGUUAAUGUUGUAUUUUUGUCUUAUUAUUUUUAUUUGACUUACAAUUAUUGUUCAUUUUGUGUGCUGUUUAUAAAUCUUACAGAAAUCUA